AUGGUUCAACUCUGCCGUUUCCUGGGUCUUGGGGCUCUACUGAGCCUCCGGGCCGUGGCCGCUGUUACAAUGAUCUACGAUGACAGCCUGACCGACAACCUCCCCUCGGCUUGCUCUGCGGCUCUACUGGCCGACGUAGCCUGUGACCGUCUCGUGCGGGACCUUCGCCCAGAGUUCUUCUACCGCCCUGCGUCCCUAGAGCGCAUGUGUACGUCGGGCUGCGCCGCGGCGCUGUCUUCGUGGACAGUGUCAGUCCGGUCCGCGUGCGGCGAGAACGUGAGUGUCCCUGCCGACUUUGAGCUUCCCGCAUCGCCAGUGGUUAUUCCAGCCACUCUCGAGCACACGUUCCAAUUUACGUGUCUGCGGGAGAACAACAACUUUUGCGGCCCUGUUGCAGCCUUGGCUGCCGUCUUCAGAGACCCUGGAGCGAGGCCCCGGAGGGGGCCGCAGAGCCUAGCAGUUGCGAUGUUUGCAUCGCAGCCAGGCUGCGCAUGCGCGCCGGAUCUCCCUAUUUCGAUGGUCCUGUCGUGGGCCAGCGAGUCGCUUUACCAGAGCAUGACGUCGAGCUGUGGCAUCACGGGCAAACCCGUAACCACCAAAACCAUAGACUACUCAACCAGCGAGCCGGAGCCUACGGAGGCCUCGUGUGGCGGAACGCGGUAUGCGAUCCAGAGCGGCGAUGACUGCUACAGCAUCUCCAAGGCCCAGGGCGUUGGCACAGCUUGGCUUCUCGCAGACAAUAAUCUGGCCGCCUACUGUGCCGACUUCGCCACGUCAGGCAGCCUCUGUAUCACCAAAAAUUGCGACACCGUCACUGUUGGGGUCAAUCAGACGUGUGUCACCAUCGCAGACGCUGCAGGCAUCACCGAGACCCAGCUCAAGGCCUGGAACCUAGUCAUCAACCCCGUCUGCUCCAACAUCAACAUGAUGAACGGCACCACACUCUGCAUCAGUCCUCCCGGGCCUCAGCUGCCUCCUCCUGUUACGACCAACAUUCCACCUUUGAUCCCGACCACGGCCGCACCUGCGCCAACAGAUGCCGCCACGGGGUCAAAUAAGCGUUGCGGCCGCUGGUACGACGUCGAAGCGGGCGAUUACUGUAACCUCGUAGUCCUCAAGUUCGCCAUCUCCCUAGACGACUUCCUCUUCCUCAACACCGGCAUCAAUACCAACUGCACCAACCUGUAUGCGGGAGAAAGCUACUGCGUACAGCCAGUGGGAGACAUCAUUACCUACGAUGGCCGGCCGGGUUAUGUCUCCGUCACAAUUGAUCCCAGUGCUACCUUCACCGGCGUCCCUUUCACCAUGCUCCCCAAUGCCACCAUGACGAGCUACUCGCGCCCGUACACCCCUGUCCCGCUGGCAACGGGAGUCCGCGACGAUUGCGUGCAUUAUUUCAAGGGCGACGACUACCAGUUCCCGUCGGACCAGCUGGGAUACUGGAAGAGCAACUGCGAGCUCGCGGCCCGCAACUACAACGCCGACAACGACAACUUUGUUGCCUGGAACGCGCUCGGCACCAACGUCACGGAUCCGACCUGCUCUUUCGUGGCUGGUGAGCGGUACUGCAGAUCCUGGAACCUGCAAGCCACACGCACCGUCACCGAGACGGAUCCGGCGACGACCACGAGCGGCGAUGGAGGCCCAACCCCCCCUGCGGCGACGCACUCGGGUCAGCCUGCAGACUGUGACACGUGGCACGUCGUCGUCUCGGGUGACUCGUGCCAGUCAGUUGCGGACGGCGCCGGAAUCUCGCUGGACCAGUUCUACGACUGGAACCCGGCCGUCAGCCGUGACUGCUCGACCAACUUCUGGCUGGAUCAGGCAUACUGCGUCGGCAUAUCUGGAGACGUAGGCGGCACAGGCACGACGAAGCCCCCAACGACAGCUUCCGCGGCGCCGACGACUUCCAAGCCGAGCCCCCCAGGGCCGACGCACACCGGCCAGCCAAGUAACUGUAACAAGUGGGAUAUUGUGGAAUCGGGUGAUACCUGUGGCUUACUCGCUGAGAGAAAUGGCAUCUCGUUGAACCAGUUCUUGACCUGGAACCGGGCAGUUAGUAGCGACUGUGUUACCAACUUUUGGUUGGGCCAGGCAUGUUGCAUCGGCGUCUCUGGAAGCGGAACUAUCUCCACAUCGUCAUCGACGGCGUUGACGAGGACGACGACGACAAGCGCUGUCAACCCAACUCCUCCCGCGCCUACGCACGAGGGCCAGCCAAGCAACUGCAACAAGUGGGAUGUGGUCCAGUCCGGGGAUGGGUGCGCCUCGAUGGCGCAAGACAAUGGCAUCUCGUUGAACCAAUUCUACGACUGGAACCCUGCUGUCAGCCGGGACUGCGUCGCCAACUUCUGGCUUGGCCAAGCGUACUGUGUCGGGGUUUCAUCGUGA